GUGAUGGCGUUCAAAGAGGGCGAGCAGCAGGAGAAGGAGGCGCUGCUGAGGCUACAGAAAGGGAACAUGUGUAAAUCUGGACUAAACUCGGCGGGGGGGAGCAACAGCAGCAGCGGCUCUGAGGAGAAGGAGAACGGGAGGUGGGACAUGGACAACGCCAUGGAGACGGACACAUCCAGCCACUCGGAGAACUCUUUAUCAGAGAACGGGAACCACACACCCCCUCCUCAGGCGGUGUGUGUGUGCUCAGCUCAGCCUCGGGCUCCUCAGCUGCGAUGCCACCUCUGUAAGGACUGGUUCCACGGGGGCUGCGUCUCCUUCCCCUCCCUGUUCCCCUCCUCCGGGCCCCAGGAGAGCGCCCUCUGCUGGUGGGACUGGGACUCGCGCUUCUUGUGUCCGCGGUGCCAGAGGUCGCGGCGGCCCCGUCUGGAGACCAUCCUGGCGCUGCUGGUGGCGCUGCAGAGGCUGCCGGUGCGCCUGCCGGAGGGAGAGGCCCUGCAGUGCCUCACCGAGAGGACCAUCACCUGGCAGGGCCGCGCUAAAGAGGCCCUGGAGACCCCCGAGCUGCAGGGGGCCCUUCAGAGGCUGCAGGAACUCAAAGAGACUCUGCGUCAGGAGGCAGAGAGGGACAACGGAGAGCAGGUGAGGAGCUCUGUGAUCGUUUUAUCAGACUCUGAGGGAGGCGAGGGAGAGGAGGGAGUCAUCGAUCUGACCGACGAGAACUCGCCCAAGAAGAAAAGCAAGGCCAGCAACGGUGUUCCGGCUGGAUGUGAAAAUGGCAUCAACAAGAAAUCAAAAGUUACAGGUAAGACGUUGUGUUGA